ACUUUUUGACUGUCAUCAUCUGUCAUCUCUUUUCGAUUGAUAUUUUUUUUGUUUUGUUAUCUGUUCAACUUCAACUAUAAAAUUCCAUACGACUUUUCCAAUAGAAUUAAUCAAUUCCAAAUUAUUUCUAACGAUUAAAAAUGAUCAUACCAAAAUAAACGAAAUUAUUGGUCUGCUGUGUUCAGGAAGAAAGAGGAAGGUCAACGAAAUUUUCAGUAAAAUUUAAUCGCGCACGUACUUGGACCUGUGCCUUUUUAUCACCUUGGAUUGUUUUCUACGUCAUUUUUUUUUGCUAAUUCGUCACCUGAGCAACACUGCGAUAACACAGUCAUAAACAAUGGGUAAUAAUAAUUCCAUAAACAAGCCAUUGACUGGAUCGAGACGUUCAUCGUCGAAUUCAAAUGACGUUGAUUCGGCUGCUGUAACAAAAUCGAAAUUGCAAGAAUUCCGAAUUGGAUUGGGUAUGUCGCGGUCGCCGUCUGGAAGUGAAAUUAACGAGAAAAACUAUACGCCGUUCGUGCCAGUUGAAAAAUUAUCUAAGAUGUUGCAAGAAAAAACUCAACAAGCGCACGGAAUCAGUGGGAUUAUGAGUGAUGUUUUUGUCACACAUGUUUUCCCCAAAUUUCCCGAUUUGGGCCACAGACUGUUCAGCUACUUUCACACAAAUGCAAAGGCACAAACGAAACACUUGGGGUCAAUUGCUUUCCGGCAACAGUGCGAACGUUUCUUAGGUAUUCUGGACGAUACGGUGAUUUUAGAAAAUUACGUGAAAAUGUUCUGUGAACCCGUUGCCAAUGAAGACGUCGAAUCUUUGACACCAGACGGCAUGAAAGCUUUAUUAAUGACUUGUUUCAAGUUGGCCAUGGCUCAUUACACCGAUGGUGCUCAUGCUUACUGCCCAUUGAUUUCAAGAACCCUCGAAGCGGUAACUGCUUCAUGCUUUUUUUCUAAAGAGCAUUUAAGUGCCGGGUUUGUUUGUCGCUGGUUGGAGCAAAAUUGUCCACGCCUGGUUCCACCUGUACAUCGCUUUUGUUUACACACACUUACAACUGCGUAUCGUGAAAUGGGUGCCAAAGAAGAAUCAAAUGGAACGCUCACAUUGGAAUUGGCCACACCCGUACUGGACAAUGCAAAUCCGUUCGACGAAGAGCAUCCGCCGUUAAUGCCUGUCAGCCAAGCAUGGCUGUUAGCCAGUUCCUUGCCAGAUUUAUAUGCCAAGCCACAGCCGGUACAAAAUCCUUCAACGUCAACAAACGGAGGUCUGGCGUCAACGGCGUUUAUGGCAAAAAUGUUGGCAGUGGUGCCAUCACAUUGGACUUUAUUGUAUGAUUCUCAAAUGCACGGUGUGGGAGCUAACCGUUUUUUGCAUCACGUAUUGGGCUACAAAGGUCCUACGUUGGUGUUAUUGAAAGCAGAAAACGAGCAAGUCUUUUGUAUAGCUUCACCGUCUGAAUGGAAAGAAACUCAUCUGUACACUGGCGAUAAGGAUUGCUGUGUAAUUCAGGUAUUGCCUAAAUUUUCAUUAAUCGAACGCGGCCAGAAGCUGCUUUAUCUAAACACAAGCAUGCGCGGCUAUCCCAAAGGUCUACGAGCUGGCUCAGAUCCACGGAAACCUGUGAUUUCCGUUGACGAACACUUUGAAAAUGUGGAUUGCCGGGGCAUCUCUUCCGUUCUAAUGUCGAUUGAGGUCUGGGGUUGUGGCGACACACGGUCUAGAGAUAUUCAACUGGACAUCAAAAAAUGGCAGGUCAAAGAGGCAGAACGUCAACGAACUGUUAAAUUGUCGGCUGCCGAUUGGUUGGACAAUCCUGAUAGAUAUUUACUGGAAUUGGGCGGUCGGCCGCAGUACAAUAAUUCAACCAAGUGAUAAACUGAUCAAAAAGCAGACUUGUGCGAGCAGAAGUGUUUUUUUAUUGAGUGUGGUAUACGCUGUACUUUGUGCUAACUAAAUUACGACGAGCCUAAAGGUAUUUUUAGUCUUUCCUCUUUUUUUUAGUAUUUUACAACAAAAUUAUGAUGGUACUUAAACUGCUGAUUUUGAAGUACUUAAAUCUUAGUUCCAUUAUUUCUUAGCUUAUAUGACGAUUAUAUAGAGAAAUUUUUAUUUUUUUAUAUAAAUUAACUGUCGAAUAAAUAUUUUGAAGCAACUGAGGAGAGGGCUGUGAGAUAUUUUUAUUUAAAACGAAGGAAAAUAAAAAGUUUUGAAAAAAUCCACUUAACCGCUAAUGAUUGUUGGUUCAAAGUAAAACAAAAAUAUAAAAUUAUUAACU